ACCGCUCUCUCUCAACUCGCGCACGCAGUCGCGUCCCACAUUUCACCGAUAUCACAACGCUUGCUUUCCACGCAAACAAGCAGAAAACCUUCGCAAAACGCUACCACACUGAUAACAUCAGUAUAAAUAUAGACAAAAGCCUGUCAACAACUUUAAUCACUUCCUCGGCGGCAAAUUGUCAGUGGGAGCGAUGGACUUCGCGGAUCAAGUGGUGUUGGUGACCGGCGCGAGCGCGGGCAUCGGCGAGGCCAUCGCGGAGCUGCUGGCGGGGCGCGGCGCGCGGCUGGCGCUGUCCGGGCGGAACCAGGACAACCUCAAGAAGGUGGCGGACAAGUGCCGAGCCCUGAGGGGCCAGGACGUGCUGGAGAUCGUCGCCGACCUCGCCACGGACGAGGGCUGCGAGAAGACGGCCAAGGACACCAUCGACCAUUUCGGAAGACUGGACGUGCUGAUCAACAACGCGGGCGUGGGCGCGCGCACGUGCCUGCUGCACGACCCGGACAUGAGCGCGUUCGACCGGGUGUUCCGGACCAACGUGCGCGCCGUGUACCAGCUGACCCGGCUGCUGGCGCCGCGCCUCGUGGAGACCCGCGGGAACAUCGUCAACAUCUCCAGCGUCAGCGGGAGCAUGCCCUCCGUCGGGUCGCUGCCCUACAGCAUGACUAAGGCCGCGUUGGACCAGUUCACAAGGUGCAUAGCAUUGGAGUUGGCGCCGCUCGGGGUCAGGGUCAAUGCCAUCAGCCCUGGUAUCACUCGCUCGACAUUCGUGCAGCGUCUGACGGACUACACGGCGGAGCAGUACGCGGCGUGGUUGGCGGAGGCCGGGGCGGGGGUGCCGCUGGGCCGCGCGGCAGAGGCGCGGGAGGUGGCGGCGCUGGUGGCGGCGGCGGCGGCGCGCGGUGCAUCGAGCCUCACGGGAGCUGUCAUCCCCGUGGACGGCGGCCUGUCGCUCGCCGGCGCCGGGCGCAGCGACAUCAUGACGCGACAGAUGAAGUAGACGCGGUGCAGUCCACGGCGAUGCUGGUGACGAGCCGGGUUAUUGGACGGCGGAUAUUUUUUUUAUGAUUAUUGAGAGCAAAAUUUAGUUAGCUCUGCAAGUCUACCGUAAAACAUAAAUAAGUAGUUAGUAGAGAAACUGAAAUUGUAGAGUAAAUGAAAAGCGAACUAAAGAUCAUACCCCAUGCUUUGCCCAGUCGUCACAUUAAGGCCUUGGCAUUGUCUCGAAUAAGUAUUAAUUACAAUGCCACUAUUAUUAUAAUGUUUGUAAGAAAGAAUAGGUUACUACUGCAUUGCUAAAUAACUACCUACCAUUAUAAUUUUAAUUACUAUACAGAGUAAAACUAACGCAACUAUAUUUUAUAGCUUUAUAUUUUCAAAAAGCCUUAAUUGUAUGAUACAGUAGGACAAAGUUUUGUCUAUUUUAUUUCAUAAAUAUGUAUUUAUGUAUUGUAUAACAUUAAUUACGUACAUUGUAUAGAGUCGUGUCGGGUCUGGAUCAACAGUUUAUUUCACAUAGGUACCUAUGUUUAUUAUUCAACAAAAAGUUGGUACAUUUUGUGGUAUAAAAUUGCAAUAAAUACCUAGUAAUUUUAAUCUAGAACAUACAUGUACUAUAUUUAUUAUAAAUUAUAAGUUUGCUUCAUAAAUUCAUAACUUAUGUUUUGUAUCACUAAAUUAUUUACAUACAAUCUUACCACAAACAUUUAUUAUUAGCUAACAGGUAGAUCACUGCUACAGGUGAUGGGUGGAGAGUGUGGAGACCUCAGCUCCUUUGGGCCAAACUAAUUAAUAUUUUAUUAAAUUACAAUAUUUUAUGAGAUGUCCAAAAUUUAUUUUGUAAUGAAUGAAAAAUGACAAUAAAAAUCGUAUAAUUUUU